AUGAGCAUCGCGCAACCCGGCAUGGUUGCCGGGAUACCAAUGGGAACGACGGGGAUGAGUGGAGCACCUGGUGCCACUUCGGCGAACCAGCAAUUUUGUCUGCGCUGGAACGAUUUCCAAACGAACAUGGUCUCCUCAUUUCAGCACUUGAGGGACGAGAAAAGUUUUACCGACGUAACACUAGCCUGCGAUGGGCAGACGACAAAAGCACACAAAAUGGUUCUGUCGGCAUGUUCACCCUACUUCAAGAAAUUAUUAGAGGAGAAUCCGGCAAAACAUCCAAUCGUCAUCCUCAAGGACGUGGAGUUCAAGCAGUUGAAAGCCAUCUUGGACUUCAUGUACUCCGGCGAGGUGAACGUUGCUCAAGAGGAGCUCCAGUCGUUCCUCAAGGUCGCCGAGCGACUGAAAGUAAAGGGUCUUGCUGAGGUCCCGAAUGCGGGCGGUGGUAUGCGACCAGGGGUGCCAAUGGGCGCCCCUCUCCACCAUCCUAUGCAAAUGCCUCCGCCCACCCAGGGAACGCCGCCCGCACCAGGCCCCAAUUGAUGCGCGAAAUAGAAAUUAUUUGUCCCGUGAAGCGAAACGAAAAGGGUUCGUCCUUGUGCAAAUUCGCUUGGGGUCAUGUGUUUCGGACUCGUUUGUUUCCCUGCUGAUCUGUGGUUUUUUUUUUUACAAUUUGGCAAUUCCACUUUGAAUCGAAUUGUAUUUCCACACAUGAAAAAACAAACCAAAAGCGAUCGCAGUAUAAUGAACGUCGUCAGCACAUGAUCAAGCGAUAUUUGUCGGGCAACCCUUGACAUUUGAAACCAAUUUUAUGUUCGUUAUUUCUCAAAGGUUUUCGUACGUCGUGUGGGUUUGUUGUAAUCUUUGCCAGUCCUAUUUUAUUUCAUUUUUUCUUUGAGGCGUUACGUUGCGUCCGCUUUCUAGGCCGGCCAGCAGCCAACCGUCAAUGAAUCCUGGGUUUGGAAUUCUAUUUCUCUGCUUGGGCGAGGACAUAUUUUGGAUUGGGGUUGCCUGCGUGCCUGCGCCGUGUCGCGACAAUCGAAGCCAUCCUUUUGAGGGAGGGGAAACGGUUUUAAAGGAAUAUCUUGUUUUUCAUCUUUCGCCCCUCUCCUUCGCCUCCUCUGUUUAUCGUGUUUUCAUGUUUCACUCCUAAAUAAUUCGUCAGAUGAGUACAGAACGAUUCAAACAAAACAUGCCAGAAUUUUUGAUGAUCUUACGCCUUUCCCGUCGUUGUCAAUACUGUACUUCAUUUUUUUUUUAAUUUUGGCAGUUUCUAGUUGUUUGGUUUGUCGUCAAAAAGAGGAUGCGAUUAUAAUUCCUAAGCUUCGAAAGGAAAAAGAACAUGGGUACUUUGUAAGCGCAUUUUCUUUCUCGAUUGUCUCGUAUUGCUGCUGAAAACUCACUAUGUUUCGUUCAGCUUUUCCGACGCAUUAUGUGGAGAAACAUAUUUAUUUAUUCGUGGUCGCAGUUUUUAUGCUUCUUUCGACUUUUUCAAGUUAGAUUUUUAUCAUGACAUUGUGAUACUGCACCUGUAACGUUUAUUCGUGUGCUCGUUUUAUUUUAUUGCGCGACGUGCGAAGAAAACUUGCCUGGUGGACGGGAAUUCAUUGAUCUGAACCGUUCAACUCGUUUUUUGUUUGGUGGCUCAUUUGGAAAUUAUCUUUUCGUAUUCGACCAGAUGGAAGCACUCGUUUUUUCCUUCUCGUGCCGCGACGAUCUUUUUGCAUAGCAAUCCCAAGACCGGGUAUUCGAUGAAAGCAUUUCUUCCUCAACUUCCAGUUUUGCGGCUAAGGCGAAUAAAAGAAUGUUUCGUCCUGUUGUGAGA